ACGAUAGGGGAAUUGACCAAUCACAGGCCUAUACAUUCAUACGUCGGCUGCUGCUGUCUCGAGCCUGUCGAUGCAACCGCCUUCGCGUCAAAAUUCGUGUAAAAUCAUCAAUAUUUGAGAGAAUAUUCGUUACAUGCAACAGGCAGAACAAGUUUGGAACUGAGCCCAGUACCAUGCAAUGUAGGCUUUCCCUUCUCUACAACAGACUUGUCAUCCCGGCAUACCACUCCACUAAGGUCAGAGGUCACACAAAGGUCAUACAAGGUCAACGUACGUGCUACUCUACCCAGUUCAGUCAAGUUUCCAACUUUUGCGGGAAGAAUUCCAGCUUCUCUCCUGGCACAAGCCUCCGAUCGACGACGCCUCUCCAUUCACUUGUUCUUGGCCACACCCUUUCCUGUCCUUUCAAACAAGAAGCCAGUACAGAACACCCCUGGUAUAUAUCAGACAUGUCUUCUACAAGCAGUGCCCAAGACCCUCAGACGUUUGAGAAAGUCUUCCACGAACUGGUGGACGAGCUGACCGACGACACUGCCAACCCAGAGGUCAUAGACGCUGCAGCUUGGUUUAAAGAGAUGCUGGUAUACACUGUACCGGGAGGAAAGAGAAACAGAGGGCUGACGGUGGUCAAUGCGUUCAGACAGCUGGCAAACAGUGUUCAGAACACAGAAGAUAACAUUCAUACUGCCAUGGUACUUGGGUGGUGUGUAGAAUGGCUGCAGGCAUACUUCUUGAUAGCUGAUGAUAUGAUGGAUCAGUCUAAGACACGAAGAGGGCAACCAUGUUGGUACAAGAAGGAUGGUGUAGGGAAUGUUGCAAUCAACGAUUCAUUUUAUGUUGAAGCCUGCAUCUACAAACUCCUCAAGAGAUAUAUAGGUCAUCAACCCUACUAUGUCCAGGUCAUGGAAUUAUUUCAUGAGACAACAUACCAGACGAUUAUGGGUCAAAGUCUAGAUCUUCUUACAUCUCCAGAAAAUGACAGAGAUCUCAACAGAUUUACAGAACAAAGGUAUGCUGCUAUAGUAAAAUGGAAGACUGCAUUCUACUCUUUCUAUCUCCCUGUAGCUCUAGCCAUGCACAUGGUUGGCAUCUCUGACGCCAAGUCUCAUACCAACGCAAAGACUAUCUUAUUACAGAUGGGACAUUUCUUCCAAGUUCAGGAUGAUUAUCUAGAUUGUUACGGUGAGCCAGAGGUCAUUGGUAAGAUCGGUACCGACAUCGAAGAGAAUAAAUGUGGCUGGUUAGUCGUCCAAGCCCUACAGAGGGUUACCCCGGACCAAAGGGAAAUCCUUGAGGCUAACUAUGGCAUUGAUGAUUCAGAGAAGGUCGCAAAGGUCAAGGACCUCUACGCGACCCUUGACCUCGAGAGCGUGUACAGAUCGUAUGAGGAAUCCAGCUACAACGAUCUGAUGGACACGAUCAAUAGCCACAGCGAGACCUUACCCAAGGAUAUAUUUGUCGCUUUUGCCAAGAGGAUAUAUAAAAGGAACAAGUAGAUACAAAUUAUGUAAUGAAUGUUUUUGUAAUUAUGCUGAUUCAAAAAGGUUUUCAAAUAGGUCUGGACUGGACGUAAUAUGUUCAU